AUGACGCACACGAUACCUGGUCAAGAAGAAACAGAUGGUCUCAUCGAGAUGAGCCCCGCAGAAGAAGGCCUCGCACCGAGCAGUGCGAACCAUACAACGAAUUUGACCAUCACCAUACCCACUCCAUUCGCCGCACCUGCUCCCGUCACGAUUUCUGAUGGAGAGUCACAACAAAGUCUUUACCUACGAUCCUGGAUGCCCUUGAUGGAGCCCGAAGAGCCGAAGUCAGCUACGCAUCACUAUCUACAAGAGGGUGUCGACAUCAUAACACCCGCUGUUAGUCGAGUCAAAUGGGUAGAUGUCCGUUAUUCCAAUGGAGGGAGCGAGUGCAUCUGGGUUGAACCGAAGGAGGAAGUUGUAUCGCAGUCCACGCGAGCGGAGAAGGCGGGAGCAUUCUUCCUAGUCGUUGGCAUGAUUCUCUUGACGAUUGUCUGUCUUCUUGUUUUCCUUUUCCUUGUCAAAUUUGCCCUCAUGGUCUUGGUCAUGUUGGUUGAGCUUAUCGGCAUUCCAAUGCCGGCAGCUGUUGAUCGGUAGUUGUUUAGUGGGCGGUGAAGAGUGCGCGAGAAGGGCAUCAAGUUGAAUGCUAGUCUUGUCGAGACGU